CCGUGGUGUUAAGAUCGUCCGUACCGUCAUGCCUAACGAUUCUCAUCACUGUGGGGAGGACCCUCAGAAAAUAGUGGCUUCUGUCCUCCCUCCCAUCAUGAUCAUUGAGCUUAUUCUGGGUCUGCCGGGAAAUAUCGUGGCUCUGUGGAUUUUCUGCUGCCGUCUGAACUGCUGGAGGCCUACCGUUUUGCUCCUCUUCAACUUGGUGGUGGCCGACUUCCUUCUCCUGGUGAGCGUUCCCUUCCGUAUCGACAACCUCCUCCGAGGCGAGAACUGGGUGUUCGGAGACGCCUGGUGUCGAAUCAAUCUUUUUAUGCUCGCCGUCAACCGCUCGGCGAGCAUCGGCUUCAUGACGGCCGUGGCUGUCGACCGUUAUUUUAAAGUGGUCCACCCUCAUCAUGGCGUGAACAGCAUUACCGUGAAGCAGAUGGCCGGGGUGGCCGUCUUCAUCUGGGCCGCAGUGAUCCUGCUUAGGCUGCCCCUGCUCACCAACAACCUCCUGAGUGUUCGAAACAACACCAAUCUGUGUCGCAGUUUCAAUUCCUAUGAAGACCCGCCACCAGGCAUCAAGUUACAUUAUAUGUUAUACUUGGCUGAGUUCUUCCUACCUCUUUUGCUCUUGGUUUUCUGUUCAGCCCGAAUUGCAUGCAUUUUACGUAGCAGACAAAUGGACAAGGAGAAGAAAGUGCGGCGGGCCAUCCGGACAGUCCUGGUGAUCGUCGGGGUCUUCGUCCUCUGUUUUCUCCCUGGCAUUGCAACGGGGCUGGCCAGUUUAAGCAUAAAGAAAUUUGCCCCAGAAAACUGCAAAGCGUUCAGAUUGAGUUCACAGUUUUUUAGUCUCUCUAUAGGGUUCACCUACCUGAACAGUGUUCUGGAUCCAGUCAUCUAUUGCUUCUCCAGCUCCAUGUUCCGGAAUGCUCUACGAGGGUGUGUCAACAGGCUGGGACUAGUGGAUCUACAGUUGAGUCGCCGUGGUAGCACCGUCAGUGACAGCUAA